AUGCUGGAACAGACACACAGCCAGGAGGAGAGGGGGUCACGGAUGACCGCUGUCCCCGAAAAGGAACCGGCUUUGACGGUGCCGCUCUGCUUCCCGGACAGAUGCCGUCAUCAUGGCUACAACCUCAGCACCACGCUCCUCCCGCUGAGAGGGGCCACUGCCUUGUCUGGGUACUAUCUCCACGAAGACCCCGUGUUUCCUCUCUCCGUGUCCCUUCCUUAUUCUUACCUCCGUCAGCAAGAGAAGAACUGCUCUGGGCGUGAAAUCCCUGUGCCUUCCUGA